AUGCGUUUCCUCGUCGCUCUAAUUUUGGCCCUUUCCUUGGUUUCUUUGGCCAAUUCUUCCACUCUGAGACAACUCUUCGAAGAGGAGAAUUUAUUGGACAAGGAGAACACCAAGCUCUCAAAACGCGCCGUCGAAGUCAGCAAAGAGUCGAGUGAGGAGGGAUCUGGCGAGAGAGUAAUCAGAGAAGCUUCCGGAGAGGUAAGGAAUAUACUUUUUUGAAAUUAUACUUUUAAAAAUUUGUAAAAAAAGUUUUUUCAUGGACUUUGAAGAAGCUUGGCAGAUCGAAUUUUUAAAUUUUAAGAUUUUUUUGCUAUUUUUAGCUCGCGCUUUGCAGAAAUCACCGAUUUUUUUACGUUGAAAAUUUCCCACUUUUUUUACAAUUUUUAAUUUGAAAAAAUCAAAACUGGAAGUAAGAUUUCUCUACUAAAAAACAUAUUUUUCCCGACUGGGAUUUGAAAAAUUGAUGACCAAAAAAAAUUUUUCUCAGGUUUUCUCCUCAUUUUUCAUAAUCUCCCCUUUACAAAAAUCGUUGAUAUCUCAGUUCUACUGGCAAAGCGUGAGCUCAAAUUUUUAGGGAUUAAUUUAUAAUACAUCCAGACAAUCUAUGGAAAAUUUGAGUAAAUGAUUACGAUCGGUCUUCGAGUUACACCUCUUUCUUAUCUGAUCUUCAUCAAUAUUUGAUGUUUAGUCACCUUUUCUUAAGAUGAAGUUGGUCAUCUUUGAAGCUUUACAAAAACCGUUAAAUAAGUCCUUGCUGUACGAAGGGUAUAUCAUCAGAUAGAAUUUUCAACGUCGUUUCAUAGCAUAUAAAUAGAAAUUGCAAAAUCGUAUUCCCACCUGUAAAAAAUGCCGGACAAAAAAAACGGCGGAGUCAUACUUUUAGACCUAAUAUAUGUAAUUCAAUUUUUUAUUUUAUUUUUAUUUUUGAUAAUAAUUUUUCUUUUUCCAGGAGGUCCGUGAGAAACGAGAGGUCGAAGGCUCCGGCGCGGAGGAGGGCCGAGUUCGUCGUGACACUUCAGAAGGCGAAUCCAUAGAAGACGCCAUCUUCAAGCGCGAUGUGGAGGGCUCGGGUGUGGCGGCUAUUCGCAUUCGUCGCGAUGCCUCUUCGGAAUCCUCGGAAGAGGUCGAAGGAUCGGGCCAUGGAUCUGGCCAGGCUGUCCAUCAUUAA